ACUCCUUCCAUCCCCUUUCAUGGAAUUAUAAAAAGCAACUCCCAUCUCAGAAAUUGUUUAUCAGAAAAAGCUCCUCCUGUUCUUUUAUCUCUCUGCUUAGACACCGUUACUCUGUCUAGUUUUUCCACAAAAUGGCAAGCUCAAGUGUCGGAGUGGCCUGUCUUGUGCUAGUCUUGUGCAUGGUUGUGCCCAGCUUGGCCACGGAUUUCACUGUUGGCGACACCUCUGGCUGGUCAACUGGUGUUGAUUAUGGCACAUGGACUCAAGGCAAGACCUUCAAAGUUGGCGAUAGCCUUGUGUUCAAUUACCCAACUAGUCAUACUGUGGAUGAAGUAAGUAAAAGUGACUACAGUACAUGCACCGUGGGCAAUGCAAUCACAACAGACAACACCGGAGCCACCACCAUUACUCUCAAGACUGCCGGAACUCAUUACUUCAUUUGUGGUGUGAUCGGCCAUUGCGGCAAUGGCAUGAAGCUUGCAGUCACCGUGGAGUCAGGCUCAUCCACAGCAGCUCCCAAGUCACCAUCUUCUUCUUCCUCACCGCCUUCCAGUGAUAAACCAUCAACCACCACACCAUCUACAACAACAACAACUACAACAACUAAAGUACCGGAUUCCUCCUCUUCAUGGAGUCUCUCCCCAUUUGUUGCUUUUGUGACAACUUGGGUUGCAAUAUUUGUGAUGGUCAUUUCAUAAGCUUUUGCCAAGAGUGUCCGCCUUGGUCAGGAUAGAGGCAGUGCCGAUCUCCUCCUCUGUUUCUUCAUUUUAUCUUGCUUGUACUGAGGAUCAUUGCUUAUCUUUAUGAUUGAGCAGGUUACUUUUCAUGGCAUAAUUAGGUAUAUGUAAGUUAUUAUUCAUUGUUGUACCAUGUUCUAUGUGGACAUAUUGAUUGAACUUUUCAAUAGUCCCGUUCAAGGCCCUUUGACGA